GCUUUGGCCUUGCAGAUGCCAACCUACACACGGGCCACGAUGCUGGAAGACGAGGAGGAGCUGGUGGACUCGGCAGCCAGAGCAGAAGGAGGGGAGGGCUACUCCAACGGGCUCCAGGUGAAUUUUCCCGGCUCAGGCAGCAGCAGCAGCAGGAAGAGCUGCUGGGUGGAGCGGACGCGUCUGGAGAGGUUCCUGCUGACCCUGGUGGGGGCUCUGGGGGUCAGCCUCCUGCUUUGCAUCUCUGUCCUGCUGUUCCGGUACCGAACCCGACCCUGCCUGACCCAGUCCUGCAUCUUGAUGACCAGUGCCAUCCUGAGCUCGCUGGACCAGACAGUGGACCCCUGUGAGGACUUCUUCCGCUACGCUUGUGGCGGCUGGAUCAAGGCCAACCCCCUGCCCGACGGCCACUCCCGCUGGGGCACCUUCAAUAAACUCUGGGAGCACAACCAGGCCGUCAUGAAGCAUCUCCUGGAGAACAGGACGGCCGGCCCCCUGAGCGAAGCGGAGCGCAAGGCCCAGCGUUACUACCAGGCCUGCAUGAACGAGACCAAGAUCGAGGAGCUGAAGGCCGAGCCCCUGGUGGACCUGAUCCGGAAGCUGGGCGGCUGGAAUGUCACUGGCCCUUGGGAGGAGGAGAGCUUCAACCAGACCCUGCUGGCUUUGGCUGCCCACCUGCACAUCUCCCCCUUCUUCUCCCUCUACAUCAGCGCCGACUCCAAGAACUCCAGCAGCAACAUCAUCCAGGUUGACCAGUCAGGUCUGGGCCUGCCUUCCAGGGAUAACUAUCUCAACAAAACCCAGAACGAGAAGGUGCUUGCCGGGUACCUGAGCUUCAUGGUGCAGCUGGGCAUGCUGCUGGGGGGGCAGGAUGAGGCCGCCGUUCGGCAGCAGAUGCAGCAGGUCCUGGAUUUUGAGACCGCCUUGGCCAACAUCACCACCCCCCAGGAGAAGCGUCGGGAUGAGGAGGCCAUCUACCACAAGAUGACGGCCGGAGACCUCAAGAGCCUGGCUCCUGCCGUGGACUGGAUGCCGCUCCUCAACGCCGUCUUCUCCCCCGUGGAGAUCAACGAGUCAGAGCCCGUGGUGGUCUAUGCCAAGGAGUACCUCGAGCAGAUCUCCCACCUCAUCUUCACCACGGAUAAGUGCCUCCUGCAUAACUACAUGAUUUGGAACCUGGUGAGGAAAACCUGCAGCUUUCUGGACCAGCGAUUCCAAGACGCCGAGGAGAAGUUCAUGGAGACCAUGUAUGGGACAAAGAAGACCUGCCUGCCUCGCUGGAAGUUCUGCAUCAGCGACACAGAUAACAACCUGGGCUUUGCUCUGGGGUCCAUGUUUGUGAAAGCCACCUUUGCAGAGGACAGCAAGGCUAUUGCGGAAGAGAUGAUUGCGGAGAUCAAGGCGGCCUUCGAGGAGAGUCUGGCGAGCCUUCACUGGAUGGACGAGGAGACCAGGAGGGCGGCCAAGGAGAAGGCAGACGCCAUCUACGACAUGGUGGGCUACCCCAAGUUCAUCCUGGACCCCAAAGAGCUGGACAAAGUAUUUGCCGAUUACAAUGCCGUGUCUGACCUCUACUUUGAAAACGUCAUGCAGUUCUUCAACUUCUCUGCCCGGGUGACAGCGGACCAGCUCCGGAAGCCCCCCAAUCGCAACCAGUGGAGCAUGACGCCCCCCACGGUGAACGCCUACUACUCCCCUACCAAGAACGAGAUUGUCUUCCCUGCAGGGAUUCUGCAGGCUCCCUUCUACACCCGCAGCUCCCCCAAGGCACUCAACUUUGGUGGCAUUGGGGUUGUGGUGGGCCAUGAGCUGACUCACGCCUUUGACGACCAAGGCCGGGAGUAUGACAAGGACGGCAACCUCCGCUCGUGGUGGAAGAACUCCUCGGUGGAGGCGUUCAAGCAGCAGACAGAGUGCAUGGUGGCCCAGUACGGGAACUACACUGUCCACCAUGAGGCCAUCAACGGCAGGCACACCCUGGGGGAGAACAUGGCCGACAACGGGGGGCUCAAGGCUGCCUAUCGGGCCUAUCAAAACUGGGUGAGAAAAAAUGGGGAGGAGGAGACUUUGCCAACCCUCAGCCUCACCAACCCCCAGCUGUUCUUUGUGGGCUUUGCCCAGGUCUGGUGUUCUGUGCGGACCCCCGAGAGCUCCCACGAAGGCCUCAUCACAGAUCCUCACAGCCCCUCCCGCUUCCGAGUCAUUGGGACAGUCUCCAACUCGAGGGCCUUCUCUGAGCACUUCCGGUGUCCGGUGGGCUCCCCCAUGAACCCCCAGCAGAAGUGCGAAGUCUGGUGAUUCCGGAGCCCCCGGCAGAGGAGACUCAGCACCAGCUCAGGAAGCCAGGUGGGCCCGGCCCAUCGUGGGCAGAGAGCGCUGCUUUCCGGCCCACCCCCCUCCUGGAGGGCCAGCCGCCUGCACUGCACUGAGUGACACGCCCGCUUUCUUCGCCGCCACCCGACACAGCCUUAGCACUUCGCUAGCCUUGGGACAAAAGGGAGAAUUGCUUUUUAAAGAGGUGGCGAAUCUAACUGCUCCCGUUUAAAACGAGGCGGAAAUGUGUGGAUGGAUAAAGACACACCAAAAACCUGUUGUAAGGUGUACUUUUUGGAAACUGCUUUUUUAAAUCUUGUGGAACACUGGAAAACUUCAGGGAAAAAUCUAUUGAAGUGGUUUAUAUAUAUACAUAAUAUAUAUAUAUAGUUUAAAAAA